AUGCCUGCGAGAGCGUUCAACAAACUGGUAAUCGCCGUGAGCGGGACCUUUCCCGGCUACAAGCAAGCCGACCUAAGGAAGAUUGUGGAAAGCCAGGGCGCCACUUUCUCUGCGACAGUCGGAGCCGAUUGCACUCAUCUCGUCACCACUCAAAAGGAGGUGGAGAAGAAUAGUACAAAGUUCCAGCAAGCCUGUGGGAUCCAGAAGUGUGAGAUUGUGACUCUCAACUGGCUGUUGGAUUCCGACAAGGCAAACAAGCCGAUCUCCGAAAAGUCAUACCAUUUCGGCACACAUAACCCAGAAAAUAAGAGCCAAUCCGACGCUGCACCCGCCAAAGCGGAGAAGAAAAGAAGCGCCAAAGAUGCUCUGGAUGCUGAUGAUGAUGAGACCAACAAGAAGCUCAAGAAUGGUGUUGAAGAUGCGCAGCGGGUAACCUCGGAGAAAGCAGGCAAACUCAAGGUGGACAUUGACGAGGGUUAUUAUCCCAACGGCGUAGGCUGGAGCGGUCCCUCGGUAUAUGUCGAUAAAUCAGGCCUUAUCUGGGAUGCUACUCUCAACCAAACCGUGGCUGCUGCGAAUAACAACAAAUUCUACCGCAUCCAACUGCUCGUCUCUAGCGAUGGCACCAUGUAUCAGACGUGGACUCGAUGGGGCCGCGUUGGUGAGAACGGUCAAUCUGCGCAUCUGGGUAGCGGCUCACUUGAUGACGCUCAAAGGUUCUUCGAAAAGAAGUUCAAGGAUAAGUCCGGUCUUGCUUGGAAGGACCGUUUGAACACCCCCAAAGCAAACAAGUACACUUUCAUUGAGCGCAACUACGAGGAAAGCGACGACGAAGACGAAGCGGAAACCAAGCCUGGCAAAGCAGUGUCAAAGACUGUCCAGAGUAAGCUUCCUAAGGCGGUUCAGAACCUUGUCAGCUUCAUCUUCAACCAAGAGUACUUCCUGUCAACCAUGGCUCAAAUGUCCUACGAUGCGAAGAAACUGCCACUUGGCAAACUGAGCAAGAGGACCCUUCAAACUGGGUUCGCGACGCUCAAAGAACUAGCAGAGCUUGCGGCGACACCAACUCUCGCGACUUCAAGAUAUGGAAUGCAGUUUCAAGCCGCCAUGGAGCAGCUCAGUAACCGCUACUUUACCACGAUUCCCCACGUGUUUGGCCGCAACCGCCCGCCUGUUCUAAACGAUCAGGCCUAUAUCAAGAAAGAGGUCGAGCUUCUCGAGACCCUCACAGAUAUGGAAGUCGCCAACAGUAUCAUGAAAGACGCGAGCAAGGUAGAAGAUGUGAACCCAAUUGACCGCCAGUAUGAAGGUCUGGGAAUGCAAGAAAUGACACCCCUGGAUCAUUCAUCCACGGAGUUCCAGGAGCUUCAGAACUAUCUCACUGAAUCGCGUGGCGCCACUCACCACUUACGAUACAAGGUCCGUGCCGUUUUUGCCAUUUGGAUUAGCGAUACUGAUAUUGAAUAG